ACAUAACCCCCAAAGCUCCCAGCAGCAGCAACAGAAACAGUAGCAACAACAACAACAAAAAUAACAACUAGAGAAAGAAGAAGUGAGAAAUUGCUUCAGUCUCCUGCUUCAACCAGAAAAGCCAACACGGAUCUGGUUUGCAGUGGAAGGCUCUCCAAGAACUGGCACAAAUGGCGAGUAAGGAAAAGAAAUGGAAGCUUCUUUUAAAAACGAUUGCCCCCCAUCUAACAUCUACAGACAUCAAUAGUAUUAUUUUUCUCCAAGGCAUUCCAGAUGGAAUUGCUGCAAAAUUAGACAGAGAUGGCUUGCAAUUUCUGAAGGCUCUUAAUCAAAUGGGUUACAUUAAACAAGACAAUCCUGGGUUGUUAGAAGAAAUACUCAAUGACAUUCCACGAAAGGACUUGAUCCCGUUGUUACAAAAGUAUACUCAAGAAGAAGAAAAGAUAUCAAACAUAAAUGUACCAGUGACCAAUCCUGCAAGCUAUCGUUUGGAGAAGCCUUCGGAUUUCAAAUCAAUACCAGGACAAAAGAAAAAGAAGCUACCGUUUGAAAUGGAAAGAAUACCACGAGGUCUGUGCAUAAUAAUAUCAAACGAGAAUUUCGAAGACGUUCAGGAGGAUACACAGGAGGACGGAAGAGUUGAAAAAGCCGAUCUAGAAGGAGGCAAAAAAAGUCCUGUUGAAAACACAUGUGCUUCACCCUCUCCUGAAAAUGCCAUCCUUUUGUCGACAAUGACAACAGAAGCUGGAUCAUCGGGAACAUCUUUAAAUAAACCUUCUGACGAUCCGAAGGAAAGCAAAAAGCGCAAAGGCACGGGCUAUGACGAGAAAUUGCUUGCAGAUACAUUUAAGUGGCUGCAUUUUGAUGUAAGAGUACAUCGCGAUUUAAAAGGUUCUGAAAUGAAAGCAACAUUAGAAGAAAUUGCAAACUUGGAUCAUUCCCAAUAUGAUGCUUUUGUCUGCUGCAUUUUGAGCCAUGGUAAUGAAGAUGGUGUUGACGGUACGGACUGGGUGCUUCUUUCUUUUCACGAGAUUCGCAGAUUGUUCAGCGGAAAUCGAUGUCGUGACCUGCACUCGAAACCAAAGCUAUUUAUCAUUCAAGCUUGCAGAGGAAAAGAUAUCGAUCAUGGAGUAAUGAAGACUGGACAUUAUGGAACUUGGAAAACAUCCCAAACCGAGCCAAAACAUGGCGAAAGGACCAUCUUUUUAGAUGCUGACCUUGCAGGAACAGCAGCAUCAAAUGAGGCCUCAAAGAAUAUUGCGGAGCAUAAGGGAAGUGCAGUGACCAAUCCUGCAAGCUAUCGUUUGGAGAAGCCUUCGGAUUUCAAAUCAAUACCAGGACAAAAGAAAAAGAAGCCACCGUUUAAAAUGGAAAGAAUACCACGAGGUCUGUGCAUAAUAAUAUCAAACGAGAAUUUCGAAGACGUUCAGGAGGAUACACAGGAGGACGGAAGAGUUGAAAAAGCCGAUCUAGAAGGAGGCAAAAAAAGUCCUGUUGAAAACACAUGUGCUUCACCCUCUCCUGAAAAUGCCAUCCUUUUGUCGACAAUGACAACAGAAGCUGGAUCAUCGGGAACAUCUUUAAAUAAACCUUCUGACGAUCCGAAGGAAAGCAAAAAGCGCAAAGGCACGGGCUAUGACGAGAAAUUGCUUGCAGAUACAUUUAAGUGGCUGCAUUUCGAUGUAAGAGUACAUCGCGAUUUAAAAGGUUCUGAAAUGAAAGCAACAUUAGAAGAAAUUGCAAACUUGGAUCAUUCCCAAUAUGAUGCUUUUGUCUGCUGCAUUUUGAGCCAUGGUAAUGAAGAUGGUGUUGACGGUACGGACUGGGUGCUUCUUUCUUUUCACGAGAUUCGCAGAUUGUUCAGCGGAAAUCGAUGUCGUGACCUGCACUCGAAACCAAAGCUAUUUAUCAUUCAAGCUUGCAGAGGAAAAGAUAUCGAUCAUGGAGUAAUGAAGACUGGACAUUAUGGAACUUGGAAAACAUCCCAAACCGAGCCAAAACAUGGCGAAAGGACCAUCUUUUUAGAUGCUGACCUUGCAGCAGCAUCAAAUGAGGCCUCAAAGAAUAUUGCGGAGCAUAAGGGAAGUGCAGAUCGGAAAUCAUCUAAGACUGCACCUGAAGAUCUCAAUUUCGUAUUUGCCAUGUCAUCCGUUAAAGGUAAAGCAGCCGUGAGCAGCAUUUCAGGAUCUUGGUUUAUAAAACAUCUCUGUGAAAAAUUACAAGAAAACGCCGGCACCAAACAUUUUAUGGAUAUAACUGACGAUAUUACAGAAGCAAUGUCAGAAGAGGUCGCUCAUGAUGACGAUUUCGGAAGAGCUACAGCCAGUGCUGAUUUCAGUCAUAAUCUUCAAAGGAAAGUUUUUUUUAAUCCUUCCCGCCCCUGGAAGAAGUUUUACGAGGAAGAAUACGGGAAAGGGAAAUCAAGCCCCUGAGUAGAUGUAGCGAGCACAAGCUCAGAUCAAUUUAUUGAUGAUAUAUUCAAAUCCAAGAUGCCGGAUAGCCCGAGGUAGCAGAAACUUUUGAAGAAUCAAUAACCGUGUAUUCUGCUUAAUUAGAAUAGUACCUUUGUGAUAAAAUAAUUUUUUACUUUCAAGUAUUUUUAACUACCUGCUAAUCAGCACUUGAUUAUAUUGGAGUUGGAUUUAAACUGUUCCCCAUUAGAACUGUAGGGUUUUUUAUCAAAGUAAGCAGUAUUUUGAUCGGUUUCCCUUACUCGUCCAUUAAUUUGGUUGAUUCAGCAAUUUCUUUGAUAUUUGCCUGAUAAACCUCAACUGAGUCCUGUCCGGUGUCGUGCAAUCAGGCUGGUUUUGUUUGAUUGUCGUAUUCGUUUUGUUUUGGUCUACUUGAAUGUGCUGGUAGUUUUGAACAACUUACAGAAGAGGCCAAGGAGACCCAAAAGUGGUCAAGGUCAAUCAUAAAGCUGUCAGUAGCAAGCAACAAGGAGGUAGGGCUGGCAAAUUGCGCGAUCACGCGACCGCUGGUCGAAAGCACUCUUUUUAUUCUUACGUUCAAACUGAGGCCCCUUUGAAAUUGUAUUUGCAGCAUUGUAAUUGUAAUAGCUUUGCAGCAAUUAAGUAUUUGAUUCUGUCAUCAAAGUAAAGAACCAUUCUUCGAUUUCACUCGAGAAUUUGUCACUUGUUUAAAUAGGCAUCGUAAAACCUUGAUUACGAUAUAAAAUUUGCACAUGAAAACAAAUUUCUGAAACAGAGACAACCUAUUUUUCUGUAUUUUGUUAGAAGUAAAGUAAAGCUGCGGCAAACUCUCGACAUUUUGCUGCCAAGUCGAGCGAAUGUAUAGCAAUUUGAAGAGAUGUGGCUUAAAGCUCUCGACCUUCAAUCGACUUUGUAUUUUAAGGGCAUUACAAGCUCUGUUAGGGGGACAAUUAACCUCAGUCUCAAAAUUAUGGCGAGAAGACUACUUCGCGCCAAAUGGGCUUCUAAAUCACAAGCGGAGACUGAAUUUAAACAAAUUAGGUUGAUCCGCAUCAAGUUAAAUACUCAACCUGUUUUGCGGAAGGCUCGUUUGUCUUGUCAUUCCUUGUAUAUUUCUUGUCAAAAGUCUCUCCAAGAAAGGUCCUGCCUUCAUAAAAUUGAGUUGAUUUCAAAUAUGUUCGUGUAUCCUUGAAAUUUUUAUCUGGUUUACAACAGCUUUCCCGUUUCUUUUUUAUCUUUUGUUCAGCUGCUUUUGCAGCCUGAUCUUUCGGUGGCAGUUCAAAAAAACAUGCGCUCUGCAAGCCUUGAAAUUUUCCAUUUUUGGAAUUGUUUUCUGCGCAAAGAACUUCCUUCUGCUAGAGCUGAUGUACAUUGAUUUCUUUUUUAUUUUCCUUUCAAUCCUCACAUCUCUAAAUUGCUCGUAUGAAUUUUGGUUUGUUGUUCUUGUUCAUUUUUAGUUAAGCAACUGCUCAUGCGCAAACUGUACAAGGUCGACAUCCGCUCGUCUUCGUUGACCGUGAUCAAAAUUCACUACAUAUGUCUAUACACGGCCAUUCGACGCUCAAUGAAGUGGCAAAACAAAAUUCCAAUUUUCAAAAAAAUUCGAGCGUUGUUUACUCAAAACACAAAUGUGUUAAACCAGGGCUUGAAAAAUGAAAACAAACAAAUUAUAAGUUUAGCCUAAACGAGAAAAACAGCAUUAGUUACUGCAAAAGCAAACCCACAUAAACGUCAAUUUUCGUGUGUAAAGAAUACUUUAAAUUGUUGAAUGGUUGGUUAAACGUAAAAUUUCCUUCAUUGGUCUUUUCUUUUAGGGUACUCAGUCAAUUAUUCAAUAGUUCUGUCACAAUAAAUGUUCAUUUAAGAGAUAACGCUGAGGUGACGAGUAAAAAGUACAAGCUGCCUCUAGGUCUUUAUGGUGAUAUUAUCAACAUUGUUAUCAGUAGAAUGAUAUUCAUGACAAGCAAUUUCUUUAAUUUUUAAUUCUUAAGUUCUUAAUUGAUAGAAUAACUGCCCAAAGAGAGCAGCCUCCUCGAUCUUGUAGGUCUAGAUACGCUGUUAAAACAAUGAUUCUGCCAUCGCAGGGGCGGAUCCAGGUUUUUUGGUGACUAUAGCUCAAAUCUUUUGGGAUCAGGACCACGCCCUCCUUACUUGUGGGACACACCCACUAUAUGGGCAAAUGACAUAAACAUGUGUGUUUAUAGUUGCUUCGUAUUCAUAAAUAUUCCUUCGAGAAUCCUUCUUCUAUUUCCAGGGACGCCAGAUAAGGGGGUGUGGGGGUACAACCGCCCCUGUUGCCCUUUGACAGAAGGGGCAAGGGUUGUUUUUAAUAAAGUUCCUUUGAAACUGGCCAAUUGUAAUAAUCAGAGAGAUUCAUAAAAUUUCUGAACUUCUCAAAACAUGUAAAAUAAUU